GGCGACAUACUGUAGUAACUGUACUGAUUUGUUGAAUUAAAAAGACUAGCUUUCACUGUACUCUCUGAUUCUUCUCCAUUGUAUUGUUAUGCAUUCACCAUAAUUGUCUCACCCGAGCUUCCUCUCCAGCUAGGGUUUGUUUGUUUGAUUGAAGAAAGAAAACAAGAAUGGUGUAUUUCAAUUUCAAUAGGAUUAAGACGAAGAAGACUCUAAUUGGAUUUGGAUUGGGACAGAUCCUCUCGCUUCUCUCGACUUCUCUUAGCUUUACAUCGUCUGAGAUCGCUAGAAAAGAUUUUAGCUUUUUUUUUUUUUCAAACCAUCCCAUUUUUAAACAUUCUCAUGAACUUACAAAAUUUGAAAUCUUUAUAGGGAUUAAUGCUCCAACAUCACAGUCGUUUCUGGGUUAUGUGUUACUGGCAAUCGUCUAUGGAGGUAUCAUGCUCUAUCGAAGAUCGGCAAUUAAAUGGUAUCACUAUCUCCUCCUUGCGUUUGUUGAUGUUGAGGCGAACUUUCUCGUGGUAAAGGCUUAUCAGAACACAUCAAUGACGAGUGUCAUGCUACUGGACUGCUGGGCCAUCCCUUGUGUUUUGGUUUUUACUUGGGUUUUCCUAAAGACAAAAUACAGAUUGAUGAAGAUCAGUGGUGUGGUUAUCUGUAAUGUUGGUGUUGUCAUGGUAGUUUUCUCAGACGUCCAUGCAGGGGAUCGAGCUGGUGGAAGUAAUCCCAUCAAAGGAGAUUUUCUUGUUAUAGCUGGAGCAACCUUGUAUGCUGUCAGUAAUGUCAGUCAGGAGUUCCUUGUGAAGAAUGCAGACAGAGUUCAACUCAUGUCUCUUUUGGGCCUUUUCGGCGCAAUUAUUGGUGCCAUUCAGAUGUAUCCUUCAAACAACAAGGCUAAGACUUUAAUGUUUCUUAAAACUUAUAUGUGCAAUCUAUGAGGAUACUCCUUGACUUGUCCAUAGAAGCAUAUUCGUAGGCUUUUUAUUUGAGCCUCCCUACAAUGUAAGAAGUUCUAUUGUGGCCAGAUCUUAAUUCAAUAAAGCAUUAAAAAAGUC